AAAAAACAGAGUGACCUGACCUGACCAAACCAGAAAGAAAGAGACAGAGUUGAAUGCUCCCUCUCUGCUCUGCUCUGCAACAAUGGCUCUCACCGACUCUCAUCCUCAUCCCCAAGCCUCCUCCAAACCAAACCCUCCUCUCCAAACCGAAGUCCUCUCCGUCAAAUGCGACUCCUGCGGCUUCACAGAGGACUGCACCGCCGCUUACAUCGCACGCGUCCGUGAGCGCUACCAAGGCCGCUGGAUAUGUGGGCUCUGCGUUGAGGCCGUGAAAGACGAGGCUCUCCGAUCAGAUAGGCUCAUCUCUACUGAGGAGGCCCUCAACCGCCACAUAAGAGUCUGCAAGAAUUUCAGAUCGUCUAGUAAGGAAAAAACAGAGCAUCCUAUUCUGGCUAUGGGUCGGAUUUUCCGCCGGAGCUUGGAUACUCCGAGGGCUCUCCGGUCAAACUCCAGCUCGUCGCUCGGUCACGUCGAGAGGGUUCGUGGGCCGGCGCUGCUGAGGUCCGGAAGUUGCUUCCCUGCCCUCAAUAGCUGAGUUUUUCAUGGAGUUAUGGUGUCAUUAUGGUUACAUUUUGACACAAAGUGAAAUUGCUGAGAAGUUUCAGAGGGGAUUUGAGUUGGUGCACUUUUUCUGUGUACUUGAGCUGAGUGACCUUCAUCUCUCAGGUCCUUCUGUGUGUUAGAUAUUUCUGGCAAAAAAGAUUUCUUUUUCUGAAAGCUAUGAACACUUGGAAUCUGACAAAAGAGACCAAGAAUUUUGUGGGACAGAUAGAUAUGCACCCAACAUCUUCAUUUUGCACACGGGUCAAGUUCAAGGUUUUCCAUUGUCUGAUUUUGCCUG